CGCAGGGCGCCGUACACGCGCUGCAGCGGGAGAGCGGCGACAGGCUGUGGACCUUCGAGUUGCCCGCUGGACAGCAGAUGCAGGCCUGGGACACGCUGGACGAGCAGGCGGGUAUCGUUGUCGUACGCAGCUCCGGAACCCCGCCGGAGGACUCCCGGCUGUACGGCAUCCACCUGGCCAGUGGCGCCCUGCUGGCCAGCCAGAGCCUGCAGCCCUCGUACGGCCCCGCCCCCGGCAGCAGCAACCCCUCCCUGCCGUACGAGAUACACGAGGGUGUCGUAUACAUGGACUCAUGCAGCGGCCAGCACUGCUGCCUGACAGCGGUGGACCUGGCGACGGCAGCUGCGGCGCCGCAGCCUCCGGCAACACCCGCGGCGGCUGCAUCCCCGCCUGGGCCUUCCCCUGACGGCAGCAGGGAGGAUGGGGGCGACGAUGGCACCACGGACCACUCCUUGAGGAUCCGGACGCAGCUGCGGCGGAGGGCACUGCUCGCCGCCGCCGCCGCAGCCACUGGUAACGGCAGCAGCGGCAGCGACGGCGGUGACAUACCCGUCGACGGCGGUGGCAGCAGCACCACGGAUCGCAGCUUCCAGUACUGCUUCGACGUGGCUCAGGCGUGCCGCGCCCGCCGUGCCCGUUCCGUGGGUUUGGGUGUCGUGUAUGUGUUGCUGGCUGCGCAGCUGGUGGUGGUGGCGGUGGGGUUCGGCAGUGUGGCGGCGUGGCGGCUGUGCUGCCGGGGCGCCUACGCGCCGUACACGCGGCUCAACCAGCUGCCGGUGCUGGAGGUGGGGCAGCAUGACGUGGCGAGUGAGGAGGCGGAUGAGGAGGAGGAGGGUGAGGGCGAGGAGCGGGGUGGUGGGGGGUCUGGUAGGAGGCGGGAGGUGGUGGUAGAUGAG